AUGUUUUUUAGACUUAGCAAAAAUUGUGGAAGAUUUAGCAAACGCUUUGUCAGAUAUAAUUCCAGUAUCAGCAGAAAUAGUUCUAAAAGCCUGUUACUAGCUUAUACGUUUGUUGCAAUUGGGUUCCUGGGAGCAGGAUAUCUUAUUGGAAAAUCAUUAGUGAAAAAGUCUUCACCGACAUCUGCCGACCGAUCUACUUCCCCAUUGUCAACUUUGCUGUCUCCUCAAUACGCCAAUGAAAAAGAUUUUCAAGCCGGAUUAUCAAAAAUUGUUGAUAUUGUUGGUCAAGAGAAUGCGUCUUUUGAUAAAGAUGUUUUAUUGGCACAAAAUGAUUCCUUUUAUUCCACUCACCACCCACCAAAUCCUGACGUUCAAAAACCCAGUGCUGUGAUUUAUCCAACGUCAACUGAACAGGUAUCAGAAAUUAUGAAAGUUGCCCACCAAUACCGAAUUCCUAUUGUAGCCAAUUCCGGAUUGACAUCUUUGGAAGGUCAAAAUAUCCAUACCAGAGGUCCGUAUAGUAUUUCAUUAUCAUUUCAAAACAUGAAUCAGAUUGUGGCAUUCCAUCCUGAUGACUUAGAUAUUGUUGUUCAGCCAGGUGUUGGUUGGCAAGAAUUGGAUGAUUUUUUGGUGAAUGAUCCAAAGGGGAAAAAUUUGAAAUUUGGUCCUGAUCCAGGAAUAGGAGCCAACAUUGGUGGCAUGGUAGGCACUAGUGCAUCGGGCACUAAUGCUUUCAAAUAUGGUACCAUGAAAGAAAACGUUGUCAAUUUGACGGUUGUGUUGGCUGAUGGAACCAUUAUCAAGACGAGGCAAAGACCAAGAAAAUCAAGUGCUGGUUACCAUUUGACAAGAUUGUUUAUUGGUAGCGAAGGUACCUUGGGUAUUGUUACUGAAAUUACCGUUAAAUUGCAUGUUCGUCCUAAGUAUGAGUUUAUCACUGUAGCUGCAUUUCCGUCAAUCAAAGAUGCGGCUUCAGCAGCUGAAACCAUUAUCGCUCAAGGAAUUCAGCCCAAUGCCAUGGAGAUAUUGAAUGAAACUAUGAUGUCUUUUGUUAAUGACACUUCAGACCUGGAUAAGAAAAACUUGGAAACACCAACUUUGUUUUUUAAGUUGGGUGGGCCAACAUUAGAAUCUACUGAGGAACAAGCAAAUUUGGUUGAUGAAAUUGCCAAAAAGAAUAAUGUCAUGAAGUUGCAGCGAAGCACCAAUGAUGAAGAAAACGCUGAACUUUGGGCUGCAAGAAGAAAUGGGCUUUGGUCUACUUAUCAAUAUGGAACAAAAGUCUUAGAAGAUAAAAAUGAUGUUCAGGUUUGGACCACUGAUGUUGCCGUACCAAUCUCAAAAUUGUCACUUGUAAUUUCCGAGAUCAAUGAUUAUUUGAUAGAAAAAGGGUUCAAGGACAGGUUCUCCGUAAUGGGACAUAUAGGAGAUGGGAACUGCCAUUUCAUUAUAUUGUACAAUUCUCCAGAUUAUGAUAAAGUACAUCAUGUCGUUGAUCAUAUGGUUGAGCGGGCUUUGAGUCACGACGGUACAUGCACUGGUGAACAUGGUGUUGGUGUGGGCAAAAGAAAAUAUUUGCCACUGGAGUUGGGUGUUGAAGCGGUCGAUACUAUGAGACAAAUCAAGCUUGCAUUGGACCCACGUCGUAUCUUGAAUCCUGACAAAAUCUUUAAAAUUGACCCAGAAGAAAAUUUGGAUGAACAAUUGGAUAAAGGGUCGGUUAAAGAAAAACCUAGUUGCAUGCAUAAUCAUUAA